AUGUCAUCUCAGCAUGCCAUAACAGAAUAUCGGGUGAUUGAACCUUCGUGGCAUGGUUAUACAUGGUUAGAGCUAUCACCUCUCACUGGUAGAAAGCACCAGCUCCGUGUGCACUGUGCUGAGGUAUUGGGAACGCCAAUUGUUGGAGACUACAAGUAUGGGUGGCAAUCUCAUAGGAACUGGAAACAUCUGCCAUCCUCUAAGCUUGAAAGUAACAUGAAUGAGAAGCUUUCCAAGGGAAAGACACUUCCUUUUGGCCUUGAUUUGGAAAGUGGAAGUAUUUCUGAAAAGCAUCCUCGCCUACAUCUUCACUGUAGAGAAAUGGUUUUGCCUAAUGUAUCAAUGACUUUGCAACAUACACAAUUGUCUUCAGAAUGUGAUCUUACAAAAAUUGAAAGCCUCAAGUUUGUUGCUCCUUUGCCUUCACACAUGCAAAGAAGUUGGGACAUUUUGCAUUCUUGAGCUGUAAUUGGGUUCUCUUGCAAGUUCUUUAGUUGUAUUUCUUUCAUGUCGUUGGUCAAUCCAUUUUGCAGCUUUGAAAUUUGGUUCAGAAAAAUUGUGUUUUCAAAACUGAUAUCUGCUUACGUGCACAUAAUGGUAGAGAGGAAGACUUGUGCGCAUGCCCACAUAUCAUUCAGAGAAUAACUAGCUCUUAGUGCAUGCCAUUACAUUCAAAAAUGAGCAAAAACAUCACAAUCAACACAUUCAUUUAUCGAGUUUCUUAGCAACAGGAAACAAUUUCAGGACCUGAUUUCACCAGGUACCAGUUUUCAGCCACAAUAGUAGCUAGCCUGUACGGGAAACAAUAGAAGUGGUGAACCUAGCAUCGUGCCUUCCCUUUUACAUGUGGUGAACCUGUCAUUGAUAAAUUGUCAUCUCAUGUUGAUUUGCAGUGUCUGGACUAAACUUC